AUGGUUGCACACGCCAGCAUCUACUGCAACGCCACCACCGCCACGACCACGACGGCGAGGAGCGGGCCGGCAUACUCCGCCGUGGCUCCUAAGUCGUCGCCGAGGAAUGCCAAGAGAAGGAGCGGCAAGAAGGCGACGAGGACAAAGGCCGGGCGACGGCGCUGCAUGGAGGCGAUCAGGAGGAAGAUGGAAGCGCUGAGGCGGCUCGUCCCUAGCGGCGGCGAUCACCGCAGCGACGAGAUGGCGGAGGACGACGGAGUGGACGAGCUCCUGUUCCGCGCCGCCGACUACAUCGUGCGGCUGCAGGUGCAGGUGAAGGCGAUGCAGCUCAUGGUCGACGUGCUGGAGCACACCAAAGACUCUUGA